UUGAAAAGGUACAUGGGCCAGUAUGCAGAACGAUUUGUGUUUGCAUCAUGUUUAACCAGAGUGUCAAGUGACCACAACACAACAUAAGAAAUGAGUCAACAAACACUAAUUAAAUCACUUAUGCAAAAACUAUGACUCAUGAUUCAUGAAUCUAUCAGAUUUUAGCAUAAAAGUAAAAAGUAAAUGUUUAAGCCAUUGCCAUUUUUGCUUUAUAUAUUUCAGUCUAAACUGAACCUAGUAUUAUUGUUUGCAUCACCCACGGACACUCGAUCCACAGACGAAAUUAACAAAUGGACACAAAGCUAUCUUUUCGAGUUAAAAGAAAACCAGCAGAGCUCAUAACUCCGGCAAAGCCAACUCCGAAUGAUCAGAAACCACUGUCCGACUUGGACGACAGAGAAGGUCUUCGAUACAAGCUAUCAGGCGUUCAAAUAUACGCUAAAAGUCCUUGCAUGGAAAAUGAUGAUCCGGUAAAGGCUAUGAGAGAGGCUUUAGCUAAAACUCUUGUUUUCUAUUAUCCAUUCGCGGGCCGGCUGAGGGAAGGACCUGAUCGCAAACUGACGGUGGAUUGUAGCGGACAAGGGGUGGUGUUUGUGGCGGCAGAAGCAGAUGUGAGGGCUGAAGAGUUUCCUCUUUACCCUCCUUUCCCUUGCAUGGAUCAGCUGCUUUAUGAUCAUCAGCAUGGCUCUCAAGAAAUUGUUAAUAGUCCUUUGAUGUUUAUACAGGUCACUCGUCUCUUACGCGGCGGAUUCAUAUUUGCUAUAAAAUUCACCCAUAACAUCUGUGAUGCAUUCGGCAUGUCCCAGUUUUUGACAGCACUGGGCGAAAUCGCAAGGGGCAGAACUUCUCCAUCUGUUUUUCCUAUAUGGAAGCGAGAGUUACUGAAUGUUAGAAAUCCCCCACAACCGACAUGUACUCAUCACGAAUUCACUCACCUCACGACCCGUGUCAACGUGACUACUAAUCAUAGUCCUGAUUCGGAGAUGGUAUACCGUUCUUUCUUUUUCAACUCGACAAAUAUAUCUGUCCUCCGUAAUCAUGUCCCACCACACCUCGCCAAAUGCUCCACAUUUGACUUACUAGCGGCAUGUAUAUGGCGAAACCGAACCAUUGCUCUCGCCUUACACCCCGAACAAAAGGUGCGUUUAGUAUUUGCGGUUAAUGCACGCUCAAGGCUCAAAUCUUGCAUCCCAGUCGGAUACUAUGGGAAUGUAUUUGUACUUCCCGGUGUUAUAUCGACAGUCGAAGAGUUGUGCAACAAGCCAAUAGGAUAUGCGCUGGAAUUAGUGAUGAAUGCGAAAGCAAAUGUGACAGAGGAAUAUGUGAGAUCGUUUAUUGACCUCACUGUCAUGAAAGGCCGAGCUCCGAUAUCAACUGAGUGGACUUACAUUGUGGAUGAUCUGACUCAGCUUGGAUUAUGGGACACGGAUUACGGGUGGGGGAAACCGGUUUAUGGUGGAAUGGCUUAUUCCGAGGUUGAUCCUGUGCCUGGAACUGGAAACUAUUUCUUGAGGAUUAGGAAAAAAGAUGGGAAUGAGGAUGAGAUUGUAGCACCCAUGUGCUUGCCUGCUUGCGCGAUGCAAAGAUUUGACAAGGAACUAAAAAAAUUGUUGGUGUAUGGUAAUUCUGGAUCUCAGAUCGUAUGUAUCAAAAAUUUAAGUGCUCUUUAGGUUGGUUUAGGAAGCAUGGUUGUGGAUCUUAUGAUCUAGCUGUUCAAUUUUCGCAUUUCUGUAAACAUUAAUAUACAGGCUUGUUCCGUAUCAUGUAAUUUUACAAUAUCGAUCCAAAAUAAAUUCUAGAGUGUUUUACUUCAAAUCAUGUAGAAAAAAAUAUAUAUCCACUCGUACGCUUCCUCAUUUACAGAAAGUGAAACAACUUUAUCAUUCAAAGAUUCUCAAAAAAAAAAAAA